AUGAGUUUCGGGGUAAUACCCUCUCCUGGUUACAGCUUGUACAGGGUGACAGGCCCCAUACAGGGAGCACUGACAGGGAGCAGGUUAUUGAGGGAGGUCUGGGCCCCAUUAGAUGUGACAGGUAUCGGGGAGCGGUAUAUUGGGGUAGAUGUGACAGGUAUCGGGGAGCGGUAUAUUGGGGUAGAUGUGACAGGUAUCGGGGAGCGGUAUAUUGGGGUAGAUGUGACAGGUAUCGGGGAGCGGUAUAUUGGGGUAGAUGUGACAGGUAUCGGGGAGCGGUAUAUUGGGGUAGAUGUGACAGGUAUCGGGGAGCGGUAUAUUGGGGUAGAUGUGACAGGUAUCGGGGAGCGGUAUAUUGGGGUAGAUGUGACAGGUAUCGGGGAGCGGUAUAUUGGGGUAGAUGUGACAGGUAUCGGGGAGCGGUAUAUUGGGGUAGAUGUGACAGGUAUCGGGGAGCGGUAUAUUGGGGUUACCUGUUCGGUGUGUGCCAGCCCCUCCCUGCUCCCUGCUCCCUGCUGCCGGCUGCCGAUCUCUCUCAGUCAGUCAAGUCAGUCAGUCAGUCUCUCCCUCAGCCUCCGGAAGCCGCUGUCUCUCUGUUUUCCUAUCGGCUCGGGCUUUCACUCUUUCCCCAAGAUGGCGGCCGCGCUUGCACGGGGUUUCCCGGCGCGCUCCCAACGGGCCGAGCUGAGGGAGGGGCCGUGCUGCGCGCGACUAACGCCCCGCCCACUUUACCAACUCCCUCCCCCUCCCCCCUCCUUCCACCGCUCACUCAACCAGAGCGGCGCGUGCGCGCUACCGGCGGCCGCCGCAGGACGGGGCACGAGCGCAUCCGCUGGUCACGUCACUCCAACAUGGCGGCGAUGA